AUGGCACCAAACAACGCGAAAGAAGAAACAGAGGAAGCAUGGGGGAGACACCGCGAGGAGCUCAAGUCCUUGUGGCUAGAAAAGCGGUUGACAAUGAAACAGGUGCAAGACUACAUGUCCCAGAUGCACAAUUUUUGGAAGGAGGAACAUCAAUACUCUCGACAGUUUAAGAAAUGGGGAUUCAAGAAAAAUCGGAAAGAAAACGAGUGGAUGUUUGUUGCGAGUCGUGGCGAGAAGCGGAAACGCGAUGGGAAAGAUUUCGGCCCUGUCUGGAUGCAUGGUCAACUUAUUCCUGAACAUAAGGUCAGGAAAGAAAUUUCUCGACAUGUAACUUUGUCCUCUCAAUACUUCGGAGACCUUGACCCGAAGACCCCUGAUGGCAUUCUCGUGGGUACGCCUAGAGCAGAGGUAGAAGCGGUCUACGAUGGUGCCACAGACUGGCCUCAGAAUGAAAGCUUUGAUUUUGCGACCCUUGGGGAUAUACCCCUGGCUCCAUCGAGCUACGAAGGUCUUACAUGGCAGUCUGAUCUACAAGAAUUGAUCCCAUCAGGGUUUGGGAUUUUCUCUCAGUCGAAUGAGCUGCCAGCUGUUUUCUCGCCCCCCGGAAAUUUUGCCUUGGAGCAAAUCGUUUCUCCCAGACUAUCGCCAUCUGCCGUCACCAAUGACCAUGAACAAUCUCUCAGUUCCGACCGUAUGAUCGAGGAAGGCCUUCAAAUUAUCUUGACACAAUUUGGUGGAGAGAGUAGCAGCAGCUGCAGUGAUUUGGCUACAGCCUUGCAAUCCGUUACGGCAGGAACAGAAGACGCCUUUCAAUCCGCCUCUUCGAAGAAUUAUUCCAAUUAUCUCCAAACAUAUGUGUACCUGGCAUCUAAUAACCUCCUCUCUGAGUUUUCAACAAAAAAGCUCGUUUUACUUAUCGCUAAGACCCAUUCUCACUCAAUGUUGAAGGCGCUUCUGGAGUCAAUUAGUACAAAGAUUGAAAUAUUCAUGAGCACUCUUCUGGUCAGUGCAGCAGCCUUGGGAGACACCAAAAUUUGUCGAAUGCUCAUCGAGGCCGGGGUAGACUUGGAUGCCCACAGUGGACUGGCCAUGCGGACAACAGCACUUCACCGAGCAAUUUCAAAUUACCGGACUGAAUGUGUAAAAAUGAUACUAGAAGCUGGUGCAGACCCAAAUUUGGUGAUUGACAGCGAGACACCCUUGCAUAAUAAUGCUGGCUCGCGUCUGUCAUAUCAGUCAACAUUCGAGAUUAUGAAUCUAUUACUUCAACACGGAGCCCGUGUGAAUCCACCUCAAGACAGCGCCCGACCUACUCCGUUGCAGCUUGCCGUGCAAAGCGGCCAUCCUGGGCUUGUGCGGCUCCUUCUCGAAAAGGGAGCAGAUCCCAACCUCUUCACAACUUUCAAAAUUGGCACAGCUCUACAGAUGGCGUGCACAAUGUCAAGAAACGCUACAAUUGUUGAGCUUUUGAUAAAGGCAGGGGCUGACGUUGACUCUUACUCUGGCUACAAAUUUCAUGUCCGGGAGAAGAAAGACUAUAUGGAUAGUGAUGCAGAUCUUUCCUCAAGUGAAAUGGAUGAGGAGGAUGAUGAUUUGUUGUUUGGAAAUUCAGUCAAGUCUCCUAUUUUGUUAGCAGCCGAAAAUGAGAAUUGGGAAGCGGUGCAACUUCUAUUGGAAGAAGGGGCUGCCAUCAAUGCUGGUCUCAAAAAGAGACCUUCCAAAAUUCUCCGAGAAGAACUAGAAAACCUCGAAACACCAGUUCUCACUCCACUGCAGGCCACUGUUCGGGCAGAAAAUAUCACUAUGACUCGCAUGCUCUUAGCAAAUGGAGCUCAUGUUAACCAGAGGAUGGAGGGCAAACACGGUUUUACAGCGCUUCAAAUUGGUGCCACAGUUGGCAAUGAACGGCUCGUUGACAUCCUUUUGCGAAAGGGGGCGGCUAUCAAUGCUCCUGCUGGUGUCUAUUAUGGAAGAACGGCACUUCAGGCUGCUGCAAGUCACCUGGAUACAAGACUGAUGAGUCUCUUACUUCAGGAAGGAGCAGAUGUCAAUGCUCCCCCGGCUCGGUCUGGAGGUAGGACUGCUCUACAGAUAGCAGCCGCGGCAGGUAACAUCGAAGGCGUCAGAAUGCUGCUUGAUGCAAAGGCAACUGUCAAUAUCGACCCUAGUCUCACUGGGGGGGUCACAACCCUUGAAGCGGGCUUCAUGGCUACAGAUCCGGUAGUAAAAGACGAGAUUAUACACCUUCUGCUGCGUGCUGGUGCGUCUCCUGGGGCACACCAAAUCGGCCAAGAGCAAUAUGCACCUCUUCACUCUGCUGUCAGACGCGGUGAUUUGAGCAUGGUAAGAAGACUUUUGGAGAGAGGAGUAAGCCCAAACAUUGGUUUCUGCGAUUCCGAGGCGAAGAAAAAAACCCCUUUGCAGAGAGCUGCUUUCCAAGGGAAUGACAAUAUCGUCCAGGAGCUGAUAAAGCACGGCGCAGACGUCAAUGCUUCACCUUACUGGGACGGGGGGCACACAGCCUUGCAGGCUGCAGCUUUGAUGGGGCAUGAAUCCACAGUCAAGAUCCUUUUAUGCUUUGGCGCAAACAUCAAGUCAGAAGUUGCAAGUGUCAAUGGAGUUUCUGCGAUAGAAGCUUCUGUUCGUGGAAUGAAUGAUCUAAUUACUCGACUUCUUCUCGAAAACGAACCUGACGCUAUAUCUUCUGACCCUAUCACAAAAUGUCGAAUCAUAGGUAUAGCUUUGGAAUCUUGGAAAUGCGAUGUGUCUCUGCUGGAGCUUCUUCUCAAGGGGGGAGCAUAUGCUGGAGAAACAGCAAGCUCUGUUUCUAUACCAUUUCUUCAGCAGGCAAUACAUAUACACGGUUUCCAACUGGCUGAAUGUCUAGUCUCUGCUGGCGCCAAUGUCAACCAUUACUGGAAAUGCAAGGUUGAUCAUUUGGUCACUCCCCUUCAAUCUGCCGUGUGGAUGAAGCAUGAUGACAUUGUCAAAUUGUUGCUUCAAAGGGGCGCUGAUGUCAAUGCCCCAGCAAACGAGAAUGGUGGACAGACCGCGCUACAAAUAGCAGUUUCCCAAAACAAUCAUGCCAUGGUAAAGCUCUUGGUUAGUCACAAGGCAGAUGUCAACGGUAUGCCAAGUCCAGUCCGAGGCCGAUCAGCCCUUCAAGAGGCUGCAAGCCGAGGUUUCGUGCAGCUUACUCAGUACCUACUGGAUUGCGGGGCAGACCCUAACCUACCAGCAGCCCGACUUGGGGGCUUUACUGCGCUACAAGGAGCCGCGAUCGAGGGAAAAUUACGCAUAGUGAUCAUGCUGCUUCAAGCUGGGGCACAUGUCAAUGCAGCGCCCGCUAUUGAACAAGGACGCAGUGCAACUGAGGGCGCUGCAGAGAAUGGCAGACUUGAUACCUUGCAUCUCUUGCUGAAACAUCAUCCUGACACGGAAGAGUUUGAUAUCAUCAGAAAACGGGCCGCCAAACUAGCUCUAGCCAAUGGCCACUUGGCUAUUGGGAGGUUUUUGCUGGCAUAUCGCAAGAAUGCCUGGAGGGCAUGA